UGGGCUAGACAAUAAAAACUCCCCUUCCUUCAACAAAACCCAACACAAAGAAAAUACUUUUGAUCAACAAUAAGUAUCCCCCAAAAAAGGAAGAAAUUCUAAACUGAAACAAAAACUGAACUGAAACACAAAAGAGAUCAAAUAGACAAGCACCUUAAAUAGCCAGAUAAUGAUAAGAAUUUCUCUCUCUCUCUCUCUUGCUACAAUUAGAAAAUAUAGAGCAUGACUUCACCCACCCACAAACAAAAAAAAAGAAGAAGGUGAAAAUGGUAGAAAAAGUCCCACAGAGUGAGAUCACCAUUUUUUUUUCUUUGCGUCUUCCGUCUUUACAUCAGCUCUUUAUCUUAGUCAUUAUUCUUUGGAGGGACUGGGUGGCAGCAUAUCUGACACACUCUUCCAGACAAGAUGAGGCUCCCCGUCUUAUUUGCCGUCGUUUUGUUGGUGACAGACGUCGGCUAUUGUCAGUAUCCAUGUUUUCCUCCGUGCAACUGUAUUUCCGUACCAGGGCCGAUGGGACUUCCAGGACUACCAGGACUUCCUGGAAAACCUGGACUGGCAGGACUUCGUGGACCAGUCGGACCACCUGGAGCAAGAGGACCAGUUGGUUUAAUGGGACCACAAGGACCGGAAGGAAAACCAGGACCACCUGGAAGAUCUCUCCUAGGACCAGCGGGACAACCCGGCCUACCGGGGCCACCUGGAUCAACAGGUCCAAUAGGGCCACCAGGAAUUGAUGGACUGCCAGGACCCACAGGAAAGACAGGAUGGGACGGACCACCAGGACCAGCAGGACCACCAGGAGCGCCUGGAGUGUCUGUAAUAGGACCACCGGGACCAGCUGGACCACAUGGACCACCUGGGAAAACGGGCCCGGCCGGAGCACAAGGACCACCUGGAGAGCCAGGUGUUAGCUGCACUUGUCCUGACAUACAGCAGCAACUGACCAAGUUAGAGCUGGCUGUAACUUACAGCUUCGUUCGAAAGGUCGGCGAGAAAUACUUUGUGUCCAACACGGAGAGAGAACCUUUCGAGAAGGCAGUGAAGUUCUGCUCCCAGCGAGGGUUGGAGUUGGCUCUACCUCAGGGCGAAGAGGAAAACAACGCACUGACUGAAGUGUUCAGCAUCGCAUACAAAAGCGUCUGGAUCAACGUCAACACGAAAAAAUCACAGGGAAAUUUCACUCUAGAUGCAAAUAAUCGACCUCUGACCUUUGCCAAAUGGGGAGCCGGGCAGCCAGAUGCGUCUGUCCAGGAUGUAGGCUGCACCACGGUGUCAAGGAACGGCUUCUGGGAAGUGACAAAGGAAUGCUUCCUGAAUGCUUACAUUGUCUGUCAGUUCUAACGGGUUUGUGUUUCAACGUAUACUUCACUCUUUCAACAACCAAAUAUGUCAUCGACAUCUAGUUUUUGUUUAGUUUUUCUAGCUCUGCGGAUGUUAUAGAAACAGGAAGUGUCAAACAAACUUGCUUUAUUUUACAUAUUUUCUCAUAGAAAUUGACUAAAUUGGCUGUCAUGAAACAAAGACUACAAAGAAUAAAUAAAGUCGAUAUUAAAUGUU